AUGGCCGAGGGUCAGAAGCGAGGGGGCUUCAAGAAGUUCAAGUUUUUCAAGUUCAAAGGCUUUGGGAGCCUGAGCAGCAUCCCCCGCUCCUUCACCCUCCGGCGCAUGUCCGUGGGCCCCAGCUCUCCCGACAGGCUGGGGCCGGGUCUCCCGCCUCCCCACGGCUUCCUGGAGGAGCCCUUCAACAGCACCCAGGAUGAUCUCAACACCAUGCCCAAGAGCCCUGGUCCCUACGCCCGGUCAUCGGACAUGUACAGCCACAUGGGCACCAUGCCCAGGCUGAACCUGGGCAAGGCAGGGAAGAGCUUGGAAAAAGCCAAGAGUAGCCAGAGCUGCCGAGAGAAAGGGGCCCCCAGCAACAAAACCCCCCGGAUAGUUCUGCUCCCCAACCCCAAGUCCCCCGAGACAUCCGGCACUCCUGAUGUGGGCACGGACUCACGCUCAGCCGCUGGGCAAGCAGAGCAGGAGGAGGAAGAGGCUCAGCCCAUGGACACCCCACGAGCAGCGAUAGCCAGGACGGACCGGGAGCCUGCGGGGAAUGUCUCAUGCCCGGGGAGAGAGGCACUGAGCUCCAGCCUGGCCCCAAACCCCAGCCAAACCCCGAGCCAAGCAGAGACCACCGACGGGUAUCUGCCAGAAAAGGAGCAAGAGCAUCCCAGCAAGAGCUUCCUGGACAGCCACCACGAUGGCCUGGAGUCUGGCAGUGAAUACGUGAAGUUCUCCAAGGAGAAAUACAUCCUCGACUCAUCACCGGAGAAGCUUCACAAGGAGCUGGAAGAGGAGCUGAAGCUGAGUAGCACCGACCUGCGCAGCCACGCUUGGUACCACGGCCGCAUCCCCCGGGAGGUGUCAGAGAGCCUUGUGCAGAGGAACGGCGACUUCCUCAUCCGCGACUCGCUCACCAGCCUGGGUGACUACGUGCUGACGUGCCGCUGGCGCAAUGAACCCCUCCACUUCAAGAUCAACAAGGUGACAGUCAAGUCCAGUGAGGGCCAUACCCGCGUCCAGUACCUCUUCGAGCAGGAGAGCUUUGACAAUGUGCCCGCCCUCGUCCGCUUCUAUGUGGGCAACCGCAAGGCCAUCUCUGAGCAGAGCGGAGCCAUUGUCUACUGCCCCAUCAACCGCACCUUCCCCCUGCGCUACCUGGAAGCCAGCUACGGGCUGGCAAAUGGCAAGCAUGGGGGACCCCACAGCCCCACCACCCAGAAAGGGGGGCACAUCAAGAGGAGGAGCAUCACCAUGACGGACGGCCUGACAGCAGACAAGAUCACCAGGGCUGAGGGGUGCCCGACCAGCGUGUCCCUGCCCCACCACAGAGACAUCAUUCGCAACUGUGCCGUCAGCGUGGACCAGAUCCAAGACCUGCACUCCCCGAUGUCCCCCAUCUCCGAGAACCCAGCGUCACCCGCCUACAGCACGGUUACACGGCUAAAGCCGCAUGCCUGCCAAGCGGUCGGGAUUGCCCCAGCGUCUCCGGUCAUAAGAAGGUCCAGCGAGCCCCAGCUAUGCCCAGGGAGCAACAGCAAACCCCUGCCAGACCCUGCCCACAGCACUCACUCAACUCCCUGCCAUGGGUACGCCCGCGCCUCCCCCUCUCCCUCCGUGAACAGCUACAGCGACCCGGACACGGGGCAUUACUGCCAGCUCCACCCCACCUCGCCCGUCAGCAGAGACCGGCCGGCUCAUGACACCAAGCAGCUGCCCACAAAGAGCUAUGUGGAGAGGCUAAAGGUGGAGGAAGGACAGAGAGGGACUGUGGAGAACGGCUCCGGGGAAGCAGAGGCAGGGCAGAGGCUGAAAGGAGAGAUGGACUUCAUGGGCUUUGUGCCCCCCACCAUGGAGACAACCUCCUCCUUCAACCCUGCGGCCUUCCAGUCCCUGCUUAUCCCCCUGGAGAACAAACCCCUGGAGAUGGCCGUGCUCAAGAAGGUCAAAGAACUGCUGGCAGAGGUGGACGUGAAGACGCUGGCCAAACACAUCACCAAAGUGGACUGCCUGGUCGCCCGGAUAUUGGGUGUGACGAUGGAGAUGCAGCGGCUCAUGGGGGUGAGCUCUGGCAUGGAGCUGCUCACUCUGCCCCACGGCCACCAGCUCCGCCUCGACCUGCUGGAACGGUUUCACACCAUGUCCAUCAUGAUCGCCGUGGACAUCCUGGGCUGCACAGGCAGCACGGAGGAGCGGGCGGCCCUGCUCCACAAAACCAUCCAGCUGGCUGCCGAGCUGAAGAGCACCAUGGGGAACAUGUUCAGUUUUGCAGCUGUGAUGAACGCCCUGGAAAUGACACAGAUCGCCCGGCUGGAGCAGACCUGGAUGGUGCUGCGACAGCGGCACACAGAGGGCGCGAUCCUCUACGAGAAGAAGCUGAAGCCGUUCCUGAAGAGCCUGAACGAAGGGAAAGAAGGGCCGCCGCUGACCAACACCACCUUUCCCCACGUCAUGCCCCUUGUGACUCUGCUGGAGCGGGAUGAGGCUCUCACAGACAGCCCGGAGCCCUGGGAGACCACCGACAACGGCGUGGAGGUGGUCAUGGCCCACCUGGAGGCAGCGCGGAUGGUGGCCCACCACGGCGGGCUCUACCACACCAACGCCGAGGUGAAGCUGCAGGGUUUCCAGGGCAGAGCGGAGCUGCUGGAGGUCUUCAGCACCGAGUUCCAGCUACGGCUGCUCUGGGGCAGCCGUGGGGCUGAGAGCAGCCAGGCCGAGCGCUACGAGAAGUUCGACAAGGUCCUCACCGCCCUGUCCCUCAAGCUGGAGCCAGCGGUGCGCUUCAGUGAGCUGUAA